GUUUACUACAGCGUUCAGGACUGCGUUACCCACAAUGCACUGCACACCGUUGUCAAAAGUCUUGCUUUCUUGGGUCACUUGUCGAACUCUGGUCAGCUAACUUUCUCUUAUUUGACGAAAUAAUGCAUCUGUCAGGCGCUAUGCUUGGGGAAAUAGGACACGGACAGGGGCCCGGUGCCGGACCAGCGCCUGGAACCUGCAAUCCGCGGAAAUUCAGCGAGAAAAUCGCGCUUCAUAAUCAGCGACAGGCUGAAGACACAGCCGCUUUCCGAGAGGUUAUGAUGGACAUUACUUCCAUCAGGGUUCAGGCUGAGAGAGUUCGGCAAACCAGCGACUUGGUCCCGUACUAUGGAGGAUCGCUGCCAAAUGUCAAUCAGAUCUCAAGAUGCUCCACGGAGAGUCAGUACCCGAGUUAUCUCACACAGCAGCUCCUAGAGGCAGAUGAAGAAUACAGAGACGUCCAGCCUAGUCCUAUUGGCAGGCCGCACAGGAGACAUUUUGAAAGCGCUCCCUAUCUCUCUUCCCACCUCUCUCCUCCUCGAGGUCCUAACUGGAGAAGAAACUGGUCCAGUUGUUCUUCCACUGAGAAGAGCCAGAUGGUUCGUCUUCCUCUGACAGCUCUAAAUAGAACCAACUCUGACUCGGCCCUCCACACCAGUGUGCGAAACACCCAAUUACAUGGCCAUCCCAAAUCUGGCCAAACCCUGAACCCUCAAACCAGACACCAUGGAUUUGCGCAUCCUGCACCACUAAUUGAAGAAAAUAUUCAAGAGGAGACACAAUCUCCCAAAUUAAAGAAGUUCCCCUCAAUGUCAUCGGCUGAAUGUGAAAUGCCUGUUAUUCACAACUUCCCAUUGCCUGAUCAGCUGGUGUCUUCCCUCCCUGUCCCAUCGGCCCUCAGUACGUGUGGCUCUCUUCCAGACCUCUCCAGCCUGCACCUGCCUUCUCCUCUUCCUGCAGGACAGGACACUGAGCACCACAGCCGUGCCAAUCACCUGAACAACACCUCAAUCCACCCUGGCAUUAUGGCUGACUUUAACUUGCCAGGUCUGUCCUCAUCUCUUCAGGCAUCUUUAAGUAACCCUUUGCUCCAGUCUUCACACAGCAAUCCCAACAUCCAGACCUGUCUCAGCAGCCACUCCCUUCCCAGCUCCCUGAGCUCCGCUUCCUUGCGCCUGUCCCUUAGCAAUUCUUCCCUGCAUUCAUCGCUCAGCAACCACUCCCUGCAGUCCUCCCUCAGUAGCUCUUCUCUGAGUAACCAGUCCAUCCAGUCGUCUGCCAGCCGCUGCAGUCACAGCAGUGGAAUUGGCGGAUCUCCCUCUUGCUCCUCUUCCUCUCCCUCUGGUUCUCCCCGUGUAACUGGCCUCGCCCAUGGCACCACAUCACGGAAGAGAGCCCAGCUCAGCCCACUCAUUGUGCCCAGUGGUGGAGAGUCCCGCUGGCAGCAUCCAAAGCAGUUUUCACCCACACUGUCUCCAACCAUGUCUUCUAUAUCACAGGGUGCUCCUCAUCUAAACCCCAACAAAGUUCAGAAAGAGACAAAGCCACCAGCAUAUCCCUGCAGUCAGCAUCUCCGAUCCGCUCCUCCGCUGUCCCAUCAGCCAAUGCGGCAGUAUUUCCAGCCAGAGGCGCAGGACCAGUCUAUCCCAGAGAUGGAACAGUGGAUUCAAAAUGACCACCAGCAACAACAUCAACAAACACACAAUCAGACGCAACAACAUCACUCUCACAAACACGGUCGGCACCUGCAGCAUCAUUCGCAGCUGCACGCUAAAUAUCAACAGCAGUUACAGUAUCAUUCCCAGACUCACCAACCACAGGGAUUGCAGCAAGCGAUUUCCCAGCAGCAACAACAUCAUCCUCAUCAUCAACUGCUCUACACACAGUUCCAGCAUCAUCAGAUGUCUGGGGAGCCGUGGCAUUUGCCUUGCCAACAGGACCAAUAUCAAGGUCAACAUCCACAUCAAUCUGCAACUUUCCCCUCUCAGGGUCAGGAGAAAAACUGGAAUCAUAUGACAGGCACACACGACUCGCCACACAUGCAGGUGAAACGUAGACACUGUAUGCAGAUGCAGGAGGAAGCAAAACCCCAAUCUAAAGUCACUGUCCACCAGACUCAAGGAGAGGGAUUGAAAGUCGCUCAUUAUAAGGAAAGUGAAGUAGACGGAGCAAAUCCAAGUUUGCAAGAUAAAGGUUUUGAACUGAACAAGGAAUCGUAUGUCGGCUUACAUCUUACCCCUAGCCAAGCGAAGGCCCUUUCUCAGCAGCUUGGAGCGCUUCAGAAGGAUCCUCUAGGCGGCAGUAGAGGGUCAGAUCUGAACUGUGAAGCUUCAGAAAGCAGUGAACUUCCUCAGCAGAACCAAAGCUGCAGUGCUGGAGACACACAAAAUGCUUUCAACAUCAACUUAUCUGACCCGUCAUCCUGGCUGGACCAGGACAUAUCCGGUCUGCCGGACUCCCUCCUGGAAUUUGAUCUAGAAACAUUUGGCCUGGACAGUAACUUAGGUUGGCCAUGAAUGUGUCAUAAAAGUGCACAGAAACACAUUUAUUUGGACAAGUACCUUUUUAAAGGAAUGUUUUUGCCCGUGAACUCGAAAUAUAGCCCUUAGAGUCAAAAAGAAUGUAAACUAUAAAUUGGCUUAAAGGUCCUAUAAAGGGAACAAACAUGACAAUUAUGUUUUAAUAAAUAGUUUUUGCACACAAAGGUCUUAGAUAGCAGGUCUAUGUGCCUUAAUAUGAAGUUUUAGUUAUAUUUAAUUAUCAAUAGAACUGAAAUAGGUUGUUUAUGUACAGAUACAUAUUGUGAUGUCAUGUAUGAGUUGAUUAGGACAUGUAUAUUUUCACAUACUGCAUAGAAUUGCCCGUAUAAUAUGGAGAUACUGUAUAAGAAGGCUAGUUUUGGGCCAACUUCUUUAACUAACCAUAUUGUCAUGAUGGUUAAAAUUAAGAUAGUAAACAUUUUUAAGCUUUUACUCUGUCUAACUCUGACUUGGCCUAAAGAUUUGAUCAUAUCCAUUUGUUUUUUCAUGUUACAGUUUUUAUGUUGCAGUGUUUUCUCUGGUGGGUCAUUUUUGUGACUCUUUGUAAUUCACUUUCGAGUCGACACCUGCCUUUGAAUUUUCAUAAUAUCUUUUCAUUGCCGUUUUAUCAUCCACAAUUAUAUUCAUAAUGUAGUUUUAUUAUAUUUUCAUAUUGAUUUUGCUUUAUCACUCUCUGGUAGAGGUGAUAUUGUUAUUUUACAGUAUUUGUCUUUAAUAUGAAAUCAAAUAUAUUGAGAUUUUUCUCAGUAUGCAUAUGCAUUUUCAUGACUGAUAGAAUUGGGGGUUCGUUUAGGCUACAUGAAAACUGAAAACAGAAAAAAAAUUUUUUGGAAAGUUUCAUGUGCAAAUGACAACAUUGCAAAAAACAGUCCAGACACGAAUCCGUAAAAAUGACAAAAAAAAGCUGUGUUAUGUUGACUGGCCAGUAGUUGGCGAUGUUAAUUUGAAAAGACUGAACACAUAAUAUAAAUAACUAAUUAUUAAUAAUUUGUAAAAAUUCGCGGCCAAAUAAAUGGCCAAAGCGCAUACUGAUUUUUCCGUCUUUAGUUGAAAACUGUCAUGUAAAACGGCCUCUUAAUAACAUCAUUUGAACAUCUGUAAAUUCCACAAAGUAUUGCAAUUAAAAAGUGGACUAAUGCA